GUAAAAAUCACUGUAGAAAAAAUACUAACAAAAACUUAAAUCAAAAGGUUUUUGCGACUUGCGGCAGUAAAAAAAAACUUAAAUACAAAGAAAACAUUUACAUUUCAGUGGUAAAAUUGUUACAACAAGCUAAACUACUCGAGUCUGGUGAAAUCCAACAGUGAUCCGUCAAUUUGCAAAAAAAAUAAAGAAGCAAUGGCUCAAGAUGACGAUCGGGUUACGCAAAGUAAUAGUAAUAUCAAUACGAUUAGUGAACUACCUGGAAGACCUUUUUCUCUAACAAUGGAAGUACCUUUAUUCUUAACCAUGUUGGGACUAUCUCUAUCUGGUACUGCAAUAAGCAACAUCCUACUUUAUAGGACAUGUAUCCAUUCUCUUAAUCACACAACUGAUGAAUGCCACAUAUUCCUUGCUCCAAUGAAGAACAACGAGACCCAUGCCCUUGAAGAGGAAGUCCAAAAAUAUGUUGCUUUUGUACAGAUGGUCAAACUUGUUAUUGAGUCUGUGGGACCCGCAAUACUCUCUAUGUUUUUGGGAGUUUGGUCAGACACUCAUGGAAGAAAGCCAUUAGUGGUUUGGCCUAUAUUUGGUAUCACAAUGACCGCCGUGUUGACUGUCAUCUACAGUAUGUUGGACAACUUCGGACCGUGGUGGUUUCUUCUCACCGUCAUUCCCUUCUCCUUUACCGGUGGAUUCAGUGUUCUAUUCACUGGGGCCUUUUGUUACUUGAGCGAUGUCACUACAACCGACAAUCGAUCUCUUAGAAUGACCUUGCUCGAAGCUGCCGUGUCUGCGGGAAGUGUGACUGGCGCCCUGUUAAGCUCUUACUUGCUAAAAGCAGUGGGUAAUGUCUACUUGCUGCUCAUAGUAUCUACGCUGUAUGUGAUCGCUUACGUCUUUACCAAUGUGUAUUUGAGAGAAUCAUUGACUGGCGCAGUACAGGGUGGCAUAUGCACAGUCUUAGAUAUUUUGUUGGUGAAGGAAAUGUUCAGGGAAUGUUUCAAGAGACGGCCAAACAAUUUGAGGGCACAACUGCUUCUUCUCGCGAUAGCCAACAGCCUCUCUAUAUUUAUACUCUACGGCGUCUUUGAUUUAGAAUAUUUGUACACAAGGGAGAAGUUGAAUUGGGCAUUGAAAGACUUUACCACGUACUCUGCAAUCAGCACCACCAUAUCAUUCGUAGGAUCCUUCAUAGGCGUUGGAAUAAUACAGAAAAUUUUGCCAAUCAGUGAUUUAGCAUUCUCAAUGCUGGCAUUUUUGACUACUGCUGGACAAUACAUGGUUAAAGCAUUUGCUGUUGUGACUUGGCAAAUGUACCUUGGUCCUCUCAUUGCAUUGUUCGGCGGUCUGUCAGCGCCGCUCAUCAGAUCAAUGUUGACAAAAAUCUUGCCUAUUGAAGACAUCGCUAAAGCGUUUGCGUUAAUGUGCGCCAUAGAAGGCAUAUGUCCUCUCAUAUCGCCGUUCAUAUAUAACUCACUAUACAGAGCGACUAUAAGUGUGUUUCCUGGAGCCAUAUUUGUGUUGGCUAGUUUUACGUCCAUCACUUGCACCAUUAUGUUGGGAUUUGUCGCUUACUACAGGACGAGGGUAACUACACCAGAUUACCAGCCAGUGCAAUACCAGUAAUAGAUAAGUAAUUUUAUCUUAGUAUGUAUACUAACUAUGCUAGUAUAUUAGUACUGUACUUAAAAAGUGUUGUUUUAAGAUCAUGCUUUAAAGAAGUGCCUCAAUUAAAAUUAAACUAAACUCGGGUGGGUAGUUAUGUGCAACUUUUUGAUGUGUAACAUCUUUCCUCUCCCUUUCCUGCAAUUUGUGGGAGUGAUUUUGUGAAAUGGGACGGAACUGUGUUACAGGAAGUCGCGAAAGCGCGCGCUAUUUGAUUUGAUUUUAGAACAUAAUGUUCAAAUGGCUUAUUCCUUUUGUAGUAGGUUUUAUUUCUUUUUUUACUAAUAUAAGGUGAAGUUUCAAAUGUUACACAUCAUACGUUACGCGACUACUGUAAGGCUCCCUCGUUUUUUUUAUUUACAGUAACUUAAUGAUUAUGUAUUUCUAUCAUUAGAUAUAAUAAUAGAGUACCUAUAGGUAAACCGCAUAACUGAGACGCUUGUAAUUUUGACAAGAAUGUGCCUGCCGCCCGCACCUCUUACGGUUCCCGUUUUCAGCCUCCCUCACACCCUUUGCCACGCAGGCGAGGUCUCAGUUAGGCGGUCUACCUAUAAAUAUAAUUGAAGCCGCGACAGUGAAUAAACGAAGUGUAUCCACCAAUGUGGCUCCCUCUGUAUAUUCUUAUUGUUAUUAUUUUAGUCUGAUUUUUAAUUCGACGGAAUCCUGAUAUUUCAGAAAAAAUAUUUUUGAGUUAAUUGUAUAACAAAAAAAGUUAUAUGAUGCACUUUCAAAGCAAAUGAUUUUAAAAAUAAGACUGGUGUAUCUUUAGACAUAGUAAGUAUACGUUAUUAGGACUGCGAAAUAGAAAAACUGAUAAUUUUAGAUUUUAUACCUAGAUAUGGUUUUUGUAUACCUACUUAUAGUAUAAGUAUAAUUUUUCAAAUUGUUUAUAUAUUUUGGUAAAAAAAUUAUAAUGUGCAAUAUUUACACUUUUUAAAUAAAAUAUUUUCGGAUUGCGAUUUGAAAAAAGAUGAAAUUUUCAAAAUUAGUAAAUCCGAGUAAAUGUUUUAAGAUCUGGGGAGGCAGCAUUGUUUCAUUUUCUACAGUGUUAGCUUAAUAUUUUAAAUAAUGAACAUUUUUUAUAUUAAUAUUAUUCAUGUGGUCUAAGGCAGCUUGUUAACUGGGUGGCGCAUCCACGGUCUUUUCGCACUUUCGUGCGCAUUGGCAGCAUAGAAUUCCCUGUGUUCUAUAAAUUAUGACCUGGUAAUUUACCAGACCACAAGGCCGGAUUUAGAGGUGUGGAGAACUCGGGGUAAUAAAUAAAUAAAUAUAUAAAUAAAUAUUUCCAACACUCACACCAAUUAGCCUAGCCCCAAAGUAAGCACUAUAAGGCUUGUGUUAUGGGAUGCUAGGGUAACGGAUACAAUACAUAUACUGUACAUAUAUAAGUAUAUUUAUAUAGAAAUACAUAUUAAACAUCCAUGACUGGAGUACAAAUGCUCGUAUUCAUCACACAAACGUCUGCCCCCACCGGGAUUCGAACCCGGGACCUCUCGAGUCGACGACACCAUGAAACCCGGCGCACAAACCACUCGGCCACGGAGGUCGUAAUGAAGGAGAGGAGUCCCUAACAAGAGCUUAUUUUAAAAUCUAGCACCAUUUUUUUUUCUACUCUGUUGUGGGGCCCCGACACGCCCCUCUUGUGGGUACAAUCUCGCCUGCCCUGCCUCAAGUCCCUAUAAUAUAGCAGGGGCUUGUUAUCCGAAUAAACACAAAGCCGUUAACAAGACAAAAAAUACUCCAAAGUCUCCAAAGUCUUGAACACAGGCGAAAAGUUGCCUCUUUAUCGGUUUUUUACCGGUUACAUUUCGGUGAGUGUGCCUCGGAGUUACAUAACUUAAUUCCACCUUCACCUUUUUGCCACAGAACCACCAGAGAGACGGCAAAACGCCACAGGUAUGCCGUAGAGGUCCCACAAACUCGUACUAAACGGUUUGCUUCCACCUAUAUAGUCAGAACAGCUAGGUUGUGGAACUCUUUGCCGGAAUCUCUGUUUCCAGUCACCUAUAAUCUGGGGCUCUUCAAGUCGCGAGUCAAUCGGUUUCUUCUAGGCAAGCGCGUCCCACCUUACGCUGCUACGUCGCUUUUCAUUAUUUGCGUGGCCGUCAAGCGCAAGCCUAUUUAAUGUAAAAAAAAAAAGAAAACUAUUACAGACGACGGCGCCUUUAAGAGGCACACUGCCGAACAGACCUCACACCUAGCUCCCGCAAGCCAUGGUCCGAGAGCACACGCUUCCAUCGAGCCCCUCGUAGAGGACUGACCUCCCCUGCAGGUAGUCCUCUACGAUCGCUCGCAGGUAUGGAGGCACUGGGAGACUGUUGAAGGCGUUGCGGAUCAACGCCCGGGCAUUGCGGGCACCCGCAAUUUGCACCUCACCACCUUAUGGUUCCGCCACAAUCACUAGCCCCACGUUCCACUCCGCCGCCGACUGGCGCAUUAGAUCUUGUGCCGCGUUGGAGUGGUUAACGUUUAUUUGGAGGAGCUCGAUGGUGUUGCUGGGCAUUGCGUUGCAUCCAUGGGCUCCUCCGGCGGGGCGGCUCUUGCGUCCCGAACUGCGUUAGGCCCGUUCUGUGCGGGCCUUAGCGGGUGGGGGUUACAAUUCCGGCCCCCCAUCGGAUGGUUCGCUGGCCGCUUGGCCUCCGCACAUACGGCGCAUUUUAGCGUCGCUGUGCAGCCCGAUGCCUGGUGCCCCUCGGAGACGCAGCGGUAGCACAGCUUGCUGCGGUCGUUUGCGGAGGGGCAUCGCUGUAUGGGGUGUCCAAUCCCCAUACAGCAGAAGCAACGCAUGGGUUUUGCCUCCAGGAGAUGCACUGUGGCAGAGCUCCAGCCCAUCGCUACCUUCUUGGCCGUUUCCAGGCGCUUGGCAGCCUCCACGGGGACCGAUGCAAAGGCCGCACCAGUCCCCCGAGCCUCCGUAUGUAACUUGCCCACCUUUAUCUGGUGGGCAGGGCAACCACCUACUUGCGCCAGCGCCUGACACACCUCGUCGGCGCUUAUCGAGUCGACUCGGACCUCAGCCGUUUUGGUUACCUUUGGUUGGCCGUAUCGCCCAGGGCCAUCCCGAUCUUGGUGGCCAGCUUGUCGGCCUGGUCCGGGGAGGUUUCCUUCCGGAGCUCUAUGAUCCGAGCACCAGUGAUGCCCGUGCGGAACUUCGCUGGGCCUAUGCCCGGGUCUGCGAAGCUCACUGCGUUUUUGGCCUGGGCGAUGACCUGACCAUACGUGAGGCCCUUCUGUAUGGCCUCGGGCUUCAGGGUCAGUACGACGGCCAGCGUUUUCGGGGCCCGCAGCGACUUUUUCUUCUUAGCGGCCCCCUUUUGAGCUGAGGCCUGCUUUGCCGCCUUCUUGGCCUUCUUCCCCUUCCGGCCCUUGGUGACCAGGACCCACUCUUUGUCCUAGUCGGGUCUUCCCGCCUCACCCGAAGUGCAAGGGGCUGGCGUCUCCUUUUUCUUAGGGCCCUUCGCUUUUGGGGCCUGCUGCGGCGGAGGAGGUGCAGGCGCCAUAGGCGGCCUUGCUGGCCCAGUCCUUUUGAUCUCCCUGCCCGUUUUAGGGAGGUUGGCUGGCGGGGCGAGGGUGGUGUUCCCCGCUGGGGCCUGCCGCUCCUGGCCGCGGCCCGAUGCCUUGGAGGAGGCGAGGGGCGGUCUGUGGCUCUGCUUCCAACAGCCGCCCAUCCACUUCGAGCCUCUCCAGGCGCGCCGCGCAGGCGGUGCUCACUUGUGUGAUCAACGCCUGCUGGAGUUGCUCUAUGGCCCGGAGGAACUCCUCACGGGACUCUACCUCUACAGGGCGAUGCUCCUCAGCCAGUUCCGGCGGUUGCUGCUUUCGCUCCGUCAUAAAUUGGCGGAAGGCCUUCAAUUCGGUGUCAAUUUUCCCGAUUUGUCCACGCAGCCGUUUAUUUUCGGCGCGCAGCCACCGGACCUCCUCCGAGGGAGUCAGAGACGUCGCCUCCCCCACCAAUGCCAAUAGGGCCUGGGUUUCUUACCUGAUCUGCUUGACGGACGUCCCCUUGAGGUUGCCCGCCUUCUUCACCACCCCCAGGACGGCGUCCGCCUUAACUUCGGCUUCGGUGCGGAGCGACUCCGGAGAGCGCGUCUCUCUCAAGUCGUCGGACCCCCUCGAUGACCGGCGUCGACCUUUCUCCAGCUCGGUCAUGGUGUCCGACCCGGAGUCGGAGUAGUCGUCGCGCAACUCAGAGCGCGCCUGGGAGGUGCCCAUGUGGUGUAGCCCGUGGCACCUUGGGGGGCUGCGGCGUGGACAUCUCCUCCCUCUCCGUCUCGGAGGUCUCGCAGGGUUCCGAGUGCACCCCGGAGGGUCGGACAAACAUCCCCUUAUCGCUUGACUUUUUCCUUCCCGCGAUGCGGGCGGAGUGGCGGCUAGCCCCCAAUUCCGGGUCCUCGACUAGGGCCUCCGAAUGUCCGAUGCGACUCGCAGUCGGACUUCUCCUCCUUGCUCAGGCCGGUAUUCAGGGGCCUGUAGUUGGAGCCGUCAUUUUCAAGGUAUGGUAUUUUAAGCUCAGACGCGACGUCGGGCAUCGCCUCGCUCUCCACACCGGACAUUCCCUCCGAUGAUGC